AUGUAUACCGCAGGUGUUAUUUAUGCCGUCCUCCUGAUGGCUCUGCCAUUAGUAGACUUUGCAAUCGCCCAUUCAAGUCCUUACUCAAUCCUUGAUGUGACCGCUUCUGCUUCUCAGGCUCAGAUUGAUGGUGCCUAUGAGGACCUGCUACAAACCUUGCAAGAUCAAAACGAAAAGGGACUGUGGUCGGGAGAAGGCGACCAGGAGCUGCUUGCCAAAAAGAUUGCCGAGAUUCAGAACGCCCACUUUACACUCACUGAUUCUUUGGAGAGAUGCUUUUGGCACCGCGACACUGGUGAGCCUCUUGGGACUACAACAGAGACGCCCGAACACAAAGCUAGCAAGGUCGGUGUUGUCAUGGAGCCAGCUGCCAAGGUUACUCCCGAAUCUAUCACCACCAAGGCUGCUGACGAAGUGGCCAGGGCCUGGUCAACUAUCAGCGCCGUGCUAAGUUACCCUUUCACCGUUGUCAUUCCUCAGCUCGGGACCUGGUUCGCCGCUGCCAAGCCCAUAGUUGUCUCUUACUCCGAGAUGGCUCUGGCUCAGGCCAAGACCUGGUUGGCUAUCCUCUGGGCCUUUGUCUGGCUCGUCGCCACCACCGUCUGGUCCUACCUCACCACCUCCUUCAAGCUCGCUCGGAAAUACCUCGGGCCUCUGGCACCCUCAUCUUCAUCGGAAUCUAUCCCCGCAGACGCCGCCCCCCAGCCUACCAUCAGAUCCAAUGCCGGCUUCAACGCCGACAUUAUCAGGUCUCUGGAUGGUGGGCAGGAGACGGUCCUGACCAAACUCACCUCUCUCGCCCCCAUCCCUGACAGCACUGCUACGGUCUUGUUGGCGAGCACUACUAACCCGCUGCGUUACCAGUCUCAGUUUGGUUCGGCGACUGCCCGGAAGGUGAGCACUGUUACUACCAAACCUUCUUACUAACUUUUUUGUGGCUCAGCUGUUGGAUAAUAGUACUUCCAAACUGGAAGAAUGAUUGGGUCGGUAAUCAGGUAAAUAGAGUAAUUUUUGCUACUCUCUAAUAGAAACAUAUCUCAACCCCCUUGCAAAAUUCCCCUCGCCCGAGAAAUUUCCCUCUCCCUUCUGUCCGUGAGUGAGAAAAAGUGAUCAGACAUAGAUAUAGCACAUCUCCCCUCCCAACCCACCCAGCUGAUCGUUCAUCUCCUCCAACCUCACCCCCGGCGCCGUCCACCCCAGGUCGAUGACCGAGUCGAGUGCAUUCUUCGGCUGGGUGGUCUGUCGUCUCCCGUGGUUGUGGCCACCAGGCAUGGCCUGCCCGGGCACGGCGUUGAUUCUGUUUUCGGGGUCGUUCAUCUGCCAGAUCCACCAGAUGCGGUCCAGCGCGCCGUGGUGGAAGUAGAAGAGGGGGUCGCCUGGUGAGCAGUAAAAGUCCUUCAGCAUAUGUUAGCGCCGAAAUAAAAAGGUGGCGAAGGUUAGGAGAACAUACACCCCCGGGAUCACCGCCAAUCAGGUAAUGUCCCGCGUUGUGAAGACCCCAUGGAUUGGGGUCACCCUUGAGCUGGGGUUGGCCGAGGUACCUGUUGUAGAAGCUGUCGACGUCGUUGUGCUGGGUGAUCAAGUGGUAGGUGUAGUUUGCUUUUGCGCCGGCGACGCUGAACCGAUUGACAUCACGGCGGAGACAGCGGGGGUUGGAGCCGAGGCCGUCGCGCUGGGGGUUGGGGGGGAUGUCCCGGACGACGGAGCCCUUGGGGCCGAGGGAGACUACCAUGCUUCGUUACUGUCAGCGGUGUAUCAAAAU